AUGGACCGCUUCCAUGAGCUGGAUAGGAUCAAGAAGCAGGCGGAGGAUAAGAAGAAGCGCGAACAGGCGGAGCGAGAAGCCGCACUCAAGCGCAAGGUUGCAGAGAAGUUGGCGCAGGAGGCCCGACCUCACAAAAUCUUCGUGAGCGGCGACAUGCGCGGCAACCUGGACAAGCUCUUGUCUACUGUGCAGGCGCAGGCGGCGAAGGUUGGUGGUGCUGAGGCGCUCCUCUGCGUGGGCCGCGCGUUGCCGGUCAACGAGGGCUUUGAAGGCCUCAUACCCUACUUGACCGGGGAGAAGCAGGUUCCAAUCGAGACCUUCUUCAUCGACGCCUGCCCCGCACUUCUCCAGGCCGCGCCUCAAGGGCGAACUCUCUGUCAGAAUCUGCAUUUCCUCGGUGGCUACGGGGUCAAGACGUGGCCUGGCAGCUCUGUGGCCAUUGGAAUUGUCAAUAGGAACCUGCAUGCUUGCAUGCUGAUGUAUGCACGUCCGUACGUCUGCCUGUCCGUCCGUCUGUCCGUUCGUCUGCAUGCGUGCAUGUAG